AUUGUUACAAAAUACAGAACACGAAUAGCAUGUCCUAUAAUUGAUGUGAUAAGUGAUGAUACAUUUGAAUACACGUCUGCUUCAGACAUGACUUGGGGUGGAUUUAAUUGGAAACUCAACUUCCGAUGGUUUCGCAUUCCUAAUCGAGAAAUGAAAAGAAGAGGUAACGACCGGACAGUUCCCAUUAGGUCACCGACAAUGGCUGGGGGUUUGUUCUCAAUCGAUAGGCAAUACUUUGAGUUAUUGGGGAAAUAUGACGAAGGGAUGGAGAUCUGGGGCGGAGAGAACCUGGAGAUGAGUUUCCGUAUUUGGAUGUGCGGCGGGACUCUCGAGAUCGUGACGUGUAGUCAUGUCGGACACGUGUUUCGUAAGUCAACGCCGUAUACCUUUCCCGGCGGGACGAGUAGAAUAGUGAACCACAACAACGCGAGACUCGCAGACGUAUGGCUCGACGAAUGGAAAGACUUUUAUCAUACUAUGAAUCCGGAGGCAAAAACAGUUGAUAUGGGAGACACUGAACCCCGGAAACAAUUAAGACGUGAUCUUAAGUGCAAAAGUACUUAUUUAGGAUUGUGA